AUGUUCUGGAAACUGGACAGAGUAAAGCUGGAAGACAUUGUACCCAUACCAAAAGCACAACCGGUGAGUUGUUAAGUACUUUCCUUUGUGUACUGUAGUCGCCAGCUUGACAACAGUGAAGUACCAUAUAAACUAAGCUAAGUUUACAUGUGUACUAGCGGAUGAAACCUUUUUUGCCUAAGUGACGAAAUAAACAACAUUUGAUGGAGCAAGGUUCCCGCUGUUAAUUUUCUUCCUAACUCUUUUUCUUUUGAAAACAUCAAAACAAGUUAUUUAUGCUUGUGUUUCUACAUUCAAUCGGUGCUAAAAAAUAGCGGGAUAAAUAAUUUUUCAAAAGUUGAAUAAAGCCUUGUUUUCUGAAGAAACAGUUAGUCCAAAAAGCUCUUUAUAUCAGUGAAUGAGAAAACAUUGUGUCAAAUCGAAAACUAUAAAUGUUUAAUUGUUAGUUUAAGUUUUUUGAUGACUAAAUGACUUCUUUGGCUCAUAUAUUCAAUCCACUCUAGUUUUUUUGGAAUCGUUCGAAGGCAAGACGUCAAACUGAGUACCAUCGAGGCUGGAUAUCAAACUAGAAUGCAAAAACUGUUGAAAAAAACAAAACUGAACUUCCAGGAUAUUUAGUGAAAAAUUUCAUGAUAAAUUUACAUUGUAAAGUUCUCAAAGUUUCUGCCAUAUUUCAUGAAUAUAGUUCAAUCAGCCCCAGUAUGGCUCCUUGUCGAUGCUGGCUGUAUAGACAGUCUCUUGGUUAAUAUUAUAUUAGACUUAAAGCUGUGUUUAAUUAAAACCAACUUCGCUUGCCGUUUUUAAUAAGAAGGCAUUUAGAAACGUAUUUAAUAAUCCUAUUAAAAUUUUCCGCUAGGACUAGGAAGUUUUACAGUUCUGCAUGCAGUAAUUGCCAAAGCUUUGAGGUCUUUAAGAGCAGAUUAGCACAAUUGGCGCCGGGUUUAAUCUCGGCAUUAAAUUUUAACAGUCUGAUUAAAACAGACAAGCUAACAUCGCGAUAAUUAUGUUAUCUUUCGUGAAAUUGCGAAAUUAACGCUAAGAAUCGAGAAAUAAUUAAUGAGCAGUUUGCUUAUGUAAAUUUGCAACCUUUUUCCUUUUCAAGCGUCUAAUCUCAUGGGAGGUUAACCAGUUUUCACAUUUCAGUUGCUACUUCUAAACUAUGCUCCCGACUCCUUUGUUUAACAACUCUCCCAGGAACAACUGUCUCAUUCAAUAACUGUUUCUUUUGUUUUCUUCUCAAACUUUUGUUUGCCAAUGAAAGUUUAUAUAUUUACUGCAAAACAAAGAUUUACAUAGCGCUUUGGCGUCACUAAAGUUAUGAUGACCUCUACUUCGUCGUGACCGCUUAGAACGCUUUAAUUUGAAAGGGGUAAGUUUAAAUCGUAAAACUAGAAGACUGACAGAUAGAUUAGAGCGAUUUUCGUAUGACCUUGAAAUGAAAUCGUGCGAACAAAACAGAAACAACAAACGAAGGGAAAUAGAGCGAUUUGAUUGGUUUGUCGAACGGAUACAAACGCGCGUCGCUUUUGGUUGGUUAAGCGAAAGCUCGGCUGAAAAAACUUCAUGCCCGAAGAACUUUCUAGAAAUCGCUUUGACGUCAUACUGCGACACGAUUGGCUAAUCGAACAAUGCCUUCUCCGUAUUAGGGUUCUCUUUGGCGGGAAAACGAAGAGUCCAUGUUUUGAUCUUUUCAUCGAUUGGCUAAUAAAACAAAUAACGAACACUUACCGAAACCAUUUUUCAAGGUCAUACGAAAAUCGCUCUAAUGUAUGUUGAAAUUUUCAUCACAUAUAACUGGUGCAGUGCCCUUUGCUGAGUGGUUGUUCCACCCGGCAACUUCAUGAUCCGGUUGGUUUUACGCGAAUUACAUUAGCUGGUCUUCAAACAUCCUCAAAGUUGUACUAAAAGUUUAUAAGCCAAGUUUCAUCUUCAAAGCUGUGUAAAAUUCUGGACUCCUUUCUGAUUAUGCCGUUCUUGCAGCUUACUUAAAGCUUCUUUCAUCAUCAUUUUCACGUUAACCGGGAACUAAUUUCAAGAUGUAUGGAGCAAACUGUUAAGACGGAGUUGUAUGUCAGUCGUUAUUGCCUUUUAUUGAUCCUCAGUUGAUCCAGUCAUUCUGCCUGGCAAAUCGCGGAGUUACCCGAAGUUUACACUUGGGCACGUGGCCGAGUUGUCUUGACAGCAGUUCACAAUUUGGAUGAGUAAAUCCGAAGAUUUAGUUGUCGGUAAUAUAAUGGAAGGUGGUCCAUUUUAUGUGAAUAAAAUGAUAGAAGUCAGGCUCUUGCGAGAGGAAAACCCGAAACAUCUCCUUUUUGAUAAAGAACUUACUACAUGCAAGUUACGUCUGCACACUGUGUAGUCAUGUUGUCACUAAGGUUAAGUUCACAUUAUACCGUAUAACUGUCCGUAGUAACACCAAACGCAACACGAAGUGAAGGUCUCGCGAUUAUAUAUGUUGCUCUUUUAAAUUAAUAUAUAAAUACAUUCAAGAGGCCAUUGAUCGGAUACUGAUGCAUGCGUUGCACGUUUGUCAUUUUAGGGCCGACAUUUCACCACCGGUCAUCACAUACUGGGUAACCUGACUUCAACUUUAGAUGUUAAAUACGCACAGAUGACCUAUGGAGACCACUACAGAAAGGUUAGUGCAGACUUCCAGGAAGGAAAAACCACAAACUACAUCUUCGGCAAAAAGGUUCUUUGGGGAGAUCUUUGAGGCUCUCAGCGACAAUUCUGAAAAUUAAGGCAAUGUUCACAACAAACCGAGCUAAACCGAAUAGUUUUUCGUGCUGACACGAAAAGCUAUAUCUGGUAUAGUAUGAACACCUAUCCGAUAUGUGUCUCUCCACUUUAGAGCCCGCGCGGCGUAGCUUCGCUCCGUUGCAGAAUUACCGUUCUUAUGUGCGAGCAGAUUCCCUGUUCGGUAUGAUUUUCGUGCCGGAGCAAAAGUUAUCCGGUAUAUUAUGAACAAAGCUUAAGUAAAGCCUUCGGCGUUGCAAAGGGAAGCUUAUACUUAUUCUAAGAUCCUUAUAGGAAAAUCACAAAGAUUAUUACCAGAGAACGUUUUACCUACUGCCCUAUUCACACCUUGCGACAUAGAAACUAAGCUGAAGACUGCCUUAAGUAGCAAGUAAACUUUUACUCAUUUUUCUAUUUACAUCGAGUUUACAGUCUACAAAUAUCAAUGCUGAAGCAACUUUUAUAAAGGAGUCAAUUUUAUAGAUCAUAGCAAACUGUGACAAACGCUUUGCUGUGAUAUGGGGCAUAAGGACCCAUAAGAUGCAUUUAAGUUCACGCUAUUGAUCGUGUAAGUAUACCCGGGUUAUGUAGUAAAAUUUAUAUCAAACACCAGUACUUCAAAUGACCUCAAGGCUAGUUCAACUGUUGGACACGAACAGGAAGGGUCUUCGACCGCUGCGAUCUCGUCUCUGGUAUGGCCCAUGGAAAAAUUCUUUAGUUUUUAUAGCACCGUGCAAAUACAUUUACACUUACGUUAAGGCCCUUUCGUUUUGUUUCAGAAAGUUGAAGCCGCUUUGGAAUGCGAGCGCCGACGUUGUGAAGAUCUUUUGGCUGAGCAAAAGAAAAAGGCCUCGGCACAAAAGACGCUUACAUCGCUUACGACGUCGCCAGACUCCUCACAGUCUAAACCUAAGCCAAGAUAUGAUUUGAACGAAUUACGUCAUCAUCAGAGAAGAUGCGCCGCGUUGCUGUUUGGAGCGCGGGAACGAGGCGCACACAAACUUCCGGUUUUGGUAGGUCUUACCUAACAGGACUGCUUAGGGAAUACUAGCCUGCGUGAGUCGUAGACACUCUAAACCUUCUGUAUCGUGUUCGAAUCCCGCAGGGUCGUAAGAAAAUAUAUCAGCGAUUUUGAUUGGCUAGUUUCUUACACAGUUUGUGAUUAGUCUGAUUUGAAAUUAAGAGUUGACAACGACUCUUAGCUCAUGACAAGAGUGAAUGAGCUCAUGAUAGUGUGAAACGUGACCUUAGAGUCAGCUUGAACAACAGAGGUUUUUCUUGUUUCUGUCUUACAUAGCAAAGAUUAUACACAGCCUGGUUCCCAGGGUUCUCUCCAACUCGAAGAAGGCUUUCAAGUUCGAACUGCUCUUUCAUCGUUUACUGAAAACGUUGUUUUCCAACUUCCUUCUGUAGCGUGUUUUGACCAUCACUGUAAUAAAUGAUAAUAAUAAACUUUAUACAAGGUGUUUGUCACAAGAGAGGUUUUCAAAACGGCCCUGAAAAAAAUAUGGCAUCUCAUGUGAGCCAGAAUUCUAGCGUGGGUACUUACUUGAAAAAGAGGUGUGUUCACAUUAGUGUCCAACGAGUACCGUCUACGGCACUGCGCCCAGGAACCAGCUGUGAACUGGGCGUUAACAGUACUUUGUGACGCUAUAUGUAGUGAUUAUUAUUUUUCAUUUUCUAUAGGUACAGUGGGCUCCUAAGCGGCGCGAAAGUUACUACCUGAUGAGCGAACGAGUGUACAAUGACCGAUUGUUGAUGAAAAUGAGAGCGGACGCAGGUGACAGUCCUUUGAACUUUGAUUUCGCCAACACAGACGGACAGACCGAUGAUCUCAUGGAGUUGCAGAAAUUCAUCAAUAAAACUUCCAAAGACAUCAAGGAGAUGAGUUUUGAUACUGCAUAUAAAGAUUAUACAUACGAGUUUGAGGAUGAAGAGAGAAAGAUACUUCAAGAGCAAACAAAUGCCGAGAACGCCCAGGAAGAAAGUAACGAGGAAAGAAAAACACACCACAGACUUAAAAGAAAGGUAGUUUUCAGCGACCAUGUAUCCCAAUCGGACACCGACGCCAUUGAUGCCAAGUCCCUCGAGCGGUCACAUAAAAACGUUAGAGCGAACAAAAAUAAGGGACUGGACCCUAGUGAGAUUGAGCUGAAUUUUGAUUUUGGAGAUGAAAGCCCGGAUGAAGGGAAUAUUUCGCUAGACAAUAAGUCUGACAAUCCCAAGAAAGGAAAUUCGAAAAAGAGAGGUUUCAAGAAUUCUCGCAAAGGUUUAUCCAGUCCUGAUCUAUUGUCCCUUUUGCAAGAAACCUCGCUUGACAAUGAGUAUAGCAGUGAUUUUGAUUCCGAAAGUGAUUCUGAUGACCAUACGACUGGAGACAAGGAAAUGCGCGGGUUGUACGAGAUUGAAGGAGAGUUGCUAUCAUCACCUUCAGCUGAAAAGAAGAAGCAUCGAAAUAAACACUGCCAACAUUUCCUGAAGCAAAAAACUCAAGACUACUACAGUAAACUUCCCAAGUUGUUAAAAACGUCCGAACUUAAGGCUAAGCUUCCGUUAAAAACUCGGUCUAAAUUAGAGAAAAUCGGGAAAGAAGCGAACCACCAGUGCAUGGCUCGACAUAAAAUCGCCUACGACAGAGCUCUAACACUUGCAAGAUUUAGGUCCCUCCCAUUCAGCCACUCUUUUUUGUCCCGAAAAAUCAGCGAUAUGCAUACAUUUUCGUAUUUUCCUGGCCUUCCGAGAGACGAAAAAGUUUUGGAAAAGGACGGCGAGGAAAGCAGCUCACAAGAAAUUAAAAAGAAGAAACUUCCUGCAAUCCCAUCAUAUGGUAGAGAGGCGAUAUUUGGAGACAUUGAUAUGGAUGACUUCUACUCUCAAGAAGAUGAACUGAUUUAUUUUAUUAAUCCUGAAGAGUUGAAAAAUGUUGUUGCGUCGACAACGUCAGGCGAGGAGAGUACUAGAAAUGAAGAGCAGAUCUCAUCUCGCUCGGUAACUACAACGUUUACCUCUCGAGCAAACACUGCUAAACCCAACUCUGGGGUUGAGUCAGAUAACUCCUAA